AUCUCAAGUAAAUUAUUCACAAGCAGAUUUGUGAGAACCUGUGAGAACCUGUUCGUGAACUAGGAGACUUGCACCCCGUCAAAAUGGUCGAGUGGACAGAUGCUGAGCGCAGUGCCAUCAUAGGCCUGUGGGGAAAGAUUGAUGUGGGGGAAAUCGGUCCCCAGGCCCUCUCCAGGCUUCUGAUUGUGUACCCCUGGGGUCAGAGAUACUUCAAAGCCUUUGGAGACCUGUCCACCAAUGCCGCCAUUAUGGGAAACCCCAAAGUGGCACAACACGGAAGGACCGUGAUGGGUGGUCUGGAAAAUGCUGUGAAGAACUUGGACAACAUCAAGCAGACCUACGCCAACCUGAGCGUUAUGCACUCCGAGAAACUCCACGUGGAUCCCGAUAACUUCAGGGUGCUCGCUGAAUGCAUCAGCCUGUGCGUUGCCGCUAAGUUUGGUCCCAGCGUCUUCACCGCUGAGGUCCAGGAAGCCUGGCAGAAGUUUUUGUGCGUGGUCGCCUCUGCCCUGGGUAGACAGUACCACUAAAUUUCUGGAGUGCCAGUUCAUCAAAAAAAGAUGUGCAACAGUCAUAUAAGUGACAUCAUAUAUAUCUUUUUGACUCUGUUGCCAGAUGCACCAAUAAAUAAAACCUCAAAUCAUA